CACUAUAGACUCCUAAAAAUUCCAAUUCUAUAAGCCUAAAAAGAGUAUAUAAGAAAGAGAAAGGAAACUCUACUUCUCUCUUCUUAACUCUUUCUAACGCGGAAUUCUUCAUAUCAUUCAAUCAAACUUCAAAUCUAAGUAUAUUUAUUUUCUUCAUUUCCCCUUAUUUUCCUUGAUUUCUUGAAAGAUUUCAAGUCAGAAUUUUUCUGCAGAGUCACUGAUUUUGGUGAAAAUUUGGAGGUAAAGAUCCUAUAAACUGGUUUCAUAUAUUCAAGAAAUUAAAAUAGCCCUCUUUGUGUACAAAUUCUUGCUUUUUCCUCUUACCUUUUUGUUGUUUUUCUUCUGGAGAUUUUACUAGUGAAAAAUAUCUUGUCUUUUUUGUCCUUUUUUCUUCAGUGCUUUUUCGCCACUUCUCAAACCCCAAAAAGGCCAGCAUUUCUUCUUUCAUAGUAACAAACAAAUCCAGUGAAAAUUCACUCAAAAAAAGAACUACAAAUUUUGGUUUCAAUACUACUAAUUCACUUGAUUUUAUUUCAAAAAGACUGAAUUUUUAUAGGCUGAAGAGAAAGUUAAAUAUGCAAGAUCCAUCAAUUUAUACACAAAUAAAGCCACAAUUUCCAGAGCAAGAACACUUGAAAUGUCCAAGAUGUGAUUCACCAAAUACAAAAUUCUGUUAUUACAACAAUUACAAUCUUUCUCAGCCACGUCACUUUUGUAAGAGUUGUCGUAGGUAUUGGACCAAAGGCGGUACUCUUAGGAAUAUUCCAGUUGGUGGUGGUUCUCGUAAGAACACAAAACGUUCUUCAUCUUCAAGUAAGAAAAUUUCCUCCUCAACGACGUCGUCUUCAGUUUUAUCUUCAAAAUCUGAUCAGAUAGCAAAUCCAAAACCAGAGCCAUUUGUUUUACCUGUAAUUCCAGCUUUUGAUCAAAACAGUAGUGGAGUGAUUGAUAUGAGUAAUGGGCAAUUCAGUUCGCUGCUGGAGUCAAACGAGCCGCAAUUUGGGAAUUUACUGGAAGCUUUGAAUCCCAGUAAUAAUAAUGGGUCCGUUUUGCAGUUGGGUGAAUUUGCGAGGAAUCAAAAUUCAAAUUCGGGUUCGGGUUCGGGUUCGGUCUCAGAUGGUACCCGUCAAAAUGGGAAUAAUACAUAUUUGGGAGUUCAAAAUGGUGGAGAUACUAAUAAUUGUUGGAAUGGUGGUAGCAAUGGUUGGCCUGAUCUUGCAAUUUACACACCAGGUUCCAAUUUCCAGUGAAUGAAAUUGCCAAAAAAAUUAUUAGAGUUAGUAUUACUAUUUUUUUUUAAGAGAAGGUAUUUAACUACUACUACUUUGCUAAGUAUUUAACUUUUUAUUCUCUUUUUUGACAUUCUUUUGAAAGUGUUGUUACUGAUUGCACUCUAGUACUAUUAGGGGUCGUUUGGUUUGAAUACGGCUUAUGCAGGGAUAAGUUAUACUGGGAUUAGUUAUACUGGUAUUGAUUUUUAUCCACUAUUUGGUAUGUUGUAUUAAAAAUGACAAUUGCAUAAUUUCUAAGGAGAAUGUAUAACUUAUCCCGGCACUAAUUUCUCCACUCUCUUCAAGAUAUAAGUUAUCCCGAUACUAAAAUAUACUAGGUUUGCUAACCAAAUAAAGUAUUAAGGUGGUAUUAAAUUUUUAUACCAACAUUAUACCUUAUUAUACCUCGUACCAAACGAACCCGUACAUAAUUUACUUCUGGAAAAUGUGGUGGUGAAGUGCUGUGCGUGAGCAAUGAUACUCGUUUUCUACAGGUAAUGCAAUUUGAUAUAUACAUACUAACGAUGUGUGUGUUUUAUUGUUUUAUUCAGUAUAAUGGAAAUUUUUGGUUCGUUUCUUUU